GGCGUCCAGCCUGCAUUUCAGGCCGCAUCACUUCUGCCGACUCCGGAAAUUAAAACAAAAUAUUAAAUGGCCGAGCAGGAAAAAUGGGCAAUAAAGUGUCCGCUGAGACCCCCGUCACUCCGGCAGCCCCCGCCGUGGAGGUUGAUAAAAAUCCCGGCUCCAUGGAGGACCUUCACAAGAAGUGCAAAGAUGUUUUCCCGAUGGCGUUCGAAGGAUAUAAAUUUCUAGUGAAUAAAGGACUUUCUCAACAUUUUCAGGUCUCACAUACUCUCACACUCAGCAACACAGCUCCCAGCGGGUAUAGGUUUGGAGCAACUUAUGUUGGAGCAUCUCGUGUUAUAUCCCCCCAGGAAGCGUAUCCUAUACUACUCGGAGAUAUUGAUAUGGCAGGAAACCUCCAGGCUCACAUUAUUGACGCUCCAACAAAAAAUAUCAGGUGUAAGAUGAUUGCCCAGAUUCAGCAGUCUAAAUGGCAGGGUUGUCAGCUAACAGCAGAUUAUAAAGGAGCAGAUUAUACAGCUAAUCUAACUCUAGCAAAUCCCGAUUUGAUCUCUGGAACCGGUGUCGGAGUUCUACAAUACCUUCAGACGGUCACCAGUAAUAUUUCUCUGGGAGCUGAGCUUGUUUAUCAAUCUAGUCCUCAACUACCAGGAGGCCAUAUUGCUGCUCUAUCAUUGGCCGGCAGAUAUUCAGGUCCAGAUUAUUGUUUAGCCUCUACCUUAUCUAACAGUGGAGCCAUUCACGCUUCAUUCUGGCAGAAAUGUAGUGAGGAUUUACAGGUUGGGACUGAAAUUGAAGCUAAUUUGAAAAUGGCCGAGACUGUUGGAUCCUUGGCUUACCAGGUUGAGAUUCCCCGGGCUGGCCUUGUAUUCCGAGGAGCCCUGGACUCCAACUGGAAUGUUAAAGGAGUUCUGGAGAAAAAACUUUUACCUCUUCCUCUUACACUCUCACUCUGUGGACUUCUUAAUCAUCCAAAGCAGAGUUUUCAAAUGGGUGCUGGGCUUAUUAUGGGAUAGUUUAUAUUCUCAUAUAUAUACAUCCUUACACAUUCUUCCAGGCUAGCUGGAGUCCAACACUCAACAUUCAUAACUCCCCCCAGCUAGUUCUCAUAUUUAGUCCAGAGAAAAUUUGUGAUCAGUAUCUAGAAUUUAUAUCAAGAUCUAAACCUAAACUGUUAAAAAAAUCCUAACAUUUUGUUAAUAAUAACGAACGUGUUGAAAGCAUUUUGAAAUAACGAAUUUUUUGUUCGAAAAAUUGCUAUUAGAACAAACUAGAGCUAUUUCUAUAAUGUUGUUAAUAAUUUCGAGAAAAAAAAAAUCCAUAAUACCUUUGGUUGUUCGAUAUUACUUGCAAAAUGUAAAGGACCUUUAGGCUGACCUGAGUCUUCAUUGUAUUCAUUCUGAACUUGUAAUACACUCCAUUCUCAUCAUCCUCAGUCAAAACUCAAAAUAGGAAAAUUAUUCAAUGAUAAAUUGAAAAAUUAGUAAAAACUGGAGAGUAAAUGAUAUUCACGACAUUGUAUUGUUUGUCAGUCAAAUACUCAUGUUCAUCGCAUUUUUCUUUUUAUAAACAUAUUGUCUAGUCAGGCAGUCCCCUUUUGUUAUAUCUGUAACAAGCAUAUUGGGCUUGGAUUCAGGCAUUUUUUAUUUUCUAGA